AUGCGCGCCUCAUCAUCGACGCUCGUUGUGGCGCUGACCACCCUCCUCACAACCCUUUCCGCCCUCAGCACGCUCGUGGCGGCGAACCACAUUCCCUUUGGCGACGCCUCGCUCGUCGCUCGCUCUAAUGCCCAACACUCCUCCCAGCUGGUCGCACGGGAUGCCUCGACCCUCACUGCGGCCCAACAAGGCACGCCCUUGGGUCACGAAGAUCACAGCGACCCCGUCGCACCCUCCGGCGCCCGCCUCCGCUCCCUGUCCGUCGGCGCCCACUCCCUCGCCGCAUACUGGACCCGCUCUCCCUCCAACACCCUCGCCCGCCAAGCCUUCAUCAUGAUCCACGGUCGCAAUCGCGACGGCGACGCGUACUGGACGACCAUGCACGACAUCCUCACCUCGGCCGUCUCGGCUGGCUACACCGCCGCCGAUUCCAACGCGAUCAUUGUCGCACCGGAAUUCUACAGUGCGCGACUCAACAAUGGGCAGUAUUCGUCGGACGAGCUGGCAUGGGGGGACAUCAACGCGUGGCAAGCGGGUGAAGCUGCGGUCCAUCCCAGGGGUGCGACGGAGACGAGCUUCGACGCUCUCGAUGCGCUCGCGGAACACUUCAGCAAUCAAACCCAAUACCCGCGCUUGGAGGAGCUCGUAUUCGUCGGUCACGGCGGUGGAGGUCAACUGAUGAAUCGAUACGCUAUCGUCGCAAAGACUCCCUCCUCGAACUUGGCGGUGAGAUACAUCGCUGGUGAUCCCAGUUCCAGCGUGUACUUCACCUCGGAUCGACCGACCACAGAUCGAAGCGUCGCAACAAAGGAAGACUGUCCACUGUGGAACACCUGGCGGUACGGAUUUGAUAACUUUACCACCCCGCUCACGCCCCGGCAGCACUUUAACAACGUCAUCUCUCGCGAUGUACGUUACGUUGUGGGGUACGACGAUACGGCGUCUAGCGGGGAUCAGUACUGUAUGGCGCUACUCCAAGGUGGCGUCGCGCGUAGGGACAGGAAUUUGGCCUGGUGGAAGUACAUCAACUACCUCGCGCGAACCAACGAGGACGUUCGAGGUUUCCCAGGAAACCUAACGAAGGAAGCCCUGCCCGAUUGGACGGGCACACUGAGACAUACAAUGACGGUGAUCCGAGGUGCAACGCAUAAUGCGGAUGAAGUGUUUGGCAGUAGCGAAGGACGCACGGUGCUGUUCGAGAAGAGCGCGUCCGAUGUCGCAGUGGGAUGGAGACCGAGUGGAUGGAGAAAGGCCGUGGCGACCAGCGAGACCACCAGUGCCAGUGCGGUGAGCGCGACAGGUGGAGCUGCCGCAUCGGGAUCUAGCUCAACGUCCACUUCGGGCGCUCAGAGCGUCCAGCGCAACUGGACCGCGCUCGCUACGCUGCUGUCCCUCGCCACUGCGAUUGCAGCUUGGAUCUAG